AUGCAUCUCAUAUUCUUACUGUUCACUCUCACAGUGGCAGCACAAUAUAACCUUGUCGACGACUAUAACCCGACCAACUUCGCCAGCAAAUUCAACUUCUUCACUGGUAAUGACCCCACCAAUGGCUAUGUCAACUACAUUUCCUACGACACCGCACGAUCCUCCGGAUUGUACAGUGUCUCAGAUAACCAGGUCUACGUGGGAGUCGAUUCCAGCAACAAAGCAACAGGCCGUGGACGCAACAGUAUUCGCCUGGAAAGCAUCAACUCCUACAAGUAUGGGCUGAUCAUCCUUGAUCUCGCGCAUAUGCCAGGUUCUGUUUGUGGAAGCUGGCCCGCCUUCUGGACCCUUGGAGUUGGUGAGACUUGGCCGUAUGCAGGAGAGAUAGACAUCAUCGAAGGAGUCAACAGCCAACGGAGCAACUCUAUGGCUAUACAUACAGACGCAGGCUGCAGCAUAUCGAAUGAUGGGAACAUGGCUGCGCAAGUGGUCACCACCAACUGCGAUGUCAACGCUCCCAACCAGGCAAACAAUCAAGGCUGCGCGGUCUCGUACGCCAACACAGGCUCCUACGGUGAUGGAUUCAAUGCACAAGGAGGAGGAGUCUAUGCAACAGAAAUAACUUCAGCUGGGGUUUCGAUCUGGUUCUUUGCUCGAGGUGCCAUUCCAGCUGAUGUCUCUUCCGGCUCUCCCAAUCCAGCCCUAUGGGGCUUACCUACUGGCAGAUUUGCAGGUCCAUGCGACUGGAACGACAAGAUCGCGGCACAACAGAUAAUUUUCGAUGUUACGUUCUGCGGCGAUUGGGCAGGUAACGUUUUCAGCACUGAUCCUGUCUGUAGCCCAAAGGCAAACACGUGUCAAGAUUAUGUUCAGAACAAUCCGAGUGCCUUCAAGGAGUCGUAUUGGUCAGUCAAUAGUCUUAGAGUCUUUCAGCAGGGCGCACCCGGCGUCGCUCCUAGUUCAAGCAGGACCUCCCCAAGCAUAACGACCACAAACUUUGCAAGUACUCCUUCCCCUAUAAUGACCACACUGACCACUGUGACACAGGUAUCUCUCAGUACGACAACUACGUUCCCCAUCGCGUCUCUCUCUCCAAACACAUAUACUCCGAUCGCCGCGUCACAAACAGGCACAACCCCAAUAACCCCGACAACAACGACUGAAUUCUUGGCCAGUACUAACCCAACCACAGCUAACACAGUCGCCGCCUCUCCAGCUUCUGCAUCAGCGUCUCAAAGCCGCUGGAGUAGUUGGCAAGGUGGAUGGAACUCAGCCGCAGGUCAACGUCCUUGGAACAACUUUGCAGGUCAAGGUCAGCGCGGAGGUUGA